AUGCUGAUGCGUCUUCUGAGCAGCACUUCGCUUAGUUCUAAGCUGCGUCCUGUCAUGGAGCCCACAUUCCAACUGGCUAUGCGGACUUUUGGCAUGUGGGCUGCAUGGUUCUUCUCGUCGCUUUGGGGGCACGCCCUAGUAUUAAUCGCAUUUUCUCGUAUCUCGCCGUGUGCGUCGCUUCCGGGGGACGCCCUAGCAUUAGACCGUUUCUUAUUAUUGUUG